CAUUGGUAGCCCUUUGCUGAUGUGUGGGUGCUGGCGCACCGAUUCUCACUUGUCCUUUCCCUAUUAGUGAACGCGGGAGGUCUUAAAAGUAAAGCGCUCGUCAACCAUGAGAUUACUGUCUUUAUUAUGUUGUCUGGCUACAUUGUUCACGUAUGCGCUUGCUGGACAUGUAGUUGAGUUCGAAAGCUUGGAUGAACUUGAGAAAACCGUAGCAAAUGCAAAGAAAGGAACUUUAGUUAAGUUUUACGCGUCAUGGUGCGGCCAUUGCAAAAAUCUUGCUCCUAUUUAUGAGGAACUUGGUGAUCACUUCGCAGACGAUGAGGACAUCAUUAUUGCUCGCGUUGACGCAGAUCGUCAUUCUAAGGUUGGCAGCAAAUUCGAUAUCCGUGGCUACCCUACUUUGAAGUGGUUCCCUUCUGGAGCUGAGGAACCUGAACAAUACACUUCUGGCCGUGAUUUGGAAAGUUUGGUGGACUUUGUUUCGGCUAAAACUGGUGUAAAAAAACCAGUUCAAGUUGUAGAAACCCCGAGCGUUGUUGUUGAAUUGGAUAGCACUACAUUUGACUCUGUUGUUCUUGAUGAGGAAAAGGAUGUUUUAGUCGAGUUUUACGCUGACUGGUGCUCUUACUGCAAGCGUUUGAGACCCAUCUACGAGCAGGUUGCUGUUGCCUUGGCCAACGAACCUGGCGUAGUGGUCGCGAAAAUCAAUGCCGACAUUCAUCGUGAUAUUGGCAUGCUUCAAGGCAUUUCCGGCUUUCCUACAAUUAAGUUGUUCAAGCGUGGUGCCAAAAGAGAGCCUCUCAGUUUCGAGGGUUCUCGUACCACAGAAGGAAUUGUAAAUUUCGUUAACGAAGAAUGCGACACUCGUCGUGGUCCCAAUGGUCGUUUGUUGCCUUCUGCUGGUACAAUUCCCUCACUCGAUAAGUUGGCUGCUGAGUUUACGGCAGCUCCUCAAGAUUCGCGUCCAGUGAUUGCCGAAAAGGUGAAGCAAUUAGUCAUGGAAGGCACGAACAAGUGGUACAAAUAUUAUGGCAGUGUUUUUGAGAAAACGCUGAAGGAUCCUUCUUGGCCUGUUCGUGAGUUUGCUCGUCUUGGACGCAUUCUGAAAAAGGGUUCGUUGUCCGAUAGCAAGCAUGAUGACAUAACCAUUCGUCGUAAUAUUUUGCGCGCCUUUGAACACGAAACUACUGAGAAUGAAGAGCUUUAAUGAAUUACUGAUGAUUAAUCAUCUCAUACUUUCCUUCUACGUCAAACUUCUCUU